UUUAAUAGAAUGCAGCUUUUUCACGUCGCUGACAGCUGUCAAACGAAUGAUAUCUGUGCAUGGCUGUCAGUAAUGAUAUAAGUCAGUAUUGAUGUCAAUCAUUGAGCUGCCUCACAGGACAGAGAGCCAGCUUAAGCAAUAGCCUCUCUUUUGCACACAGAAAGACUUUGUUACUAAAGUCUAAAGUCCGUUACAGACAGUGCCUCUCCCACACCGCGCUCCUCACUGUAUUGCGUACUGGUGCCGUAAAGUCAGCCUGCUGUCUUGUGUAGAUCAGUCUAACCUUCAGAGAGAGCUGCUGUUGCUUUUUGCUGCUUUGCGUGAAUCCACAAGCUAUGCCAAUACUAGAUGGGAAAUAACUACUGAAACGAACUACGAACUGACUGAGCAGGCUGCGAGAAUGGAUGGGGAUGCAAGGAAGGAGCAACUGCACAGAUCCAAGUGGGCUUCUUCGUCACUUCGGCUGAAGAGUGAGUUCUCAGAAGUUUCUCUUCUCUCCAGCCCCAGAAGAAUCUCAGAUGCAAACGCAGUCAGAUAUACCGACACAGUGGACUUAUUGAUGCGUUGGAGGAAACAGCUAGAACGACCCCGAGGGAGACAGCACGAGGACCAGACUGGGAGCGCGGGGGGCUCGGGCUUUUCUUCUGUUCGAUCAGACCCCCGAAAGUCGGAGGAUAAAGACAGACUGUGUGAAGACAGAAACAAUGGGGAGCCACUUGGAGCCGCAGCGAGGGGAAUUAAGCUGUUUUCUGCAGGAGGUCGAAUGGAACAAGGAAAGGGUGAAAGUGGCAAGCUUAGCGGAGAGGCUCCGACUGAGGGCAAAGCGAAAGGAAAGGGUCCCGCGCGGGCUGCACCAGAGCACUCCGGAGCCCAGGCGAGUGACGAGGAGGAGGGGGGGGAGAGCGGCUCCAAGAGGCUGAGCAAGUUCUUCUCAUCGUUUCGCUCCAAGCUGUCCGGAGAGAAAGGCAGUAAGGAGCAUCCGGUGCUGGAAGUGGCCAGCGAGUCGAAGCCUGCGGACAUGGAGCAGAGAGAGACUCGCUACUCCAGCGGGCAGUUCUUCUUUGAGUACCUCGUGGUCGUCACGGUGAAGAAGAAGGGAGAGAGCUACGAGCCACAGAUCACAUACCAGUUCCCAAAGCGGGACGGGAUGGUGCGCUUCCAGAAAGAGGAAGAGGAGAAGACCCUGACGGCCAUCACGCUGUUCUGCUUCCCAGAGGGAAUCAACUGGGCCCCGCUCACCGAAUACCGGAGUGAAACCUUCUCCUUUGUGUUGACUGAAACUGAUGGCAGCCGGAGGAACGGGUACUGCAGAAGAUUGCUGCCUCACGGGAAAGGAGCCCGCCCUCCUGAAGCGUACUGCAUCAUCAGCAAGCUUGCCUGCUUCGGCCUCUUCUCAAAGAUCUUCGAUGAGGUGGAGAAGCGUCGUCAGAUUGCGCCGGCAAUGAUCUACCCGUUCAUGCAGAGCCUGAGAGAGUCUCCAUUCCCCGCGCCGGGACACACCGUGAGAGUCAAGAGCUUCAUCCCUGACUCCGGCACAGAGAUCAUCGAGCUGACCCGGCCGCUGGACUCCCUGCUGGAGCACGUGGAUUUCAGAACGCUGUUCAAGUGCCUGAAGGAUGAGGAGGUCCUGCAGGUCUUCGCCUCCACGGUGCUGGAGCGCAGGAUCAUCUUCGUGGCAGACGAGCUCGGCACCCUGUCUCAGUGCAUCCACGCUGUGGCCGCGCUGCUCACCCCCUUCAUCUGGCAGCACACCUUCAUCUCCAUCGUGCCCAAGAUCCUGAUAGACGUGGUCAUGGCACCCACCCCCUAUCUCCUGGGGGUGCAGAAGCAGCUGUUGGAGGAGGUGAUGGACAACAGCGACGUAUUAAUAGUGGAUUUGUCUGAAGGAUCUAACAAGACGUUCAUUCAGAAACGGGGCGAUGAGAAAAGCAUCCUGCCUGCAAAGCUGCAAAGUGAGAUCCUGCAGGCGCUGAGUGGCAGGAAAGAGAAUUCCACACCCGAGGAGCUCAAUAAGAUUGUGUCUGCUGCGUUUGUCCCGUUCUUCGUGAAGACGGUGGGUCACUUCUCCUCGCACAUCACGAGGAACAGCAAAGGAGGGCGGGGCGAGUUCCAGAAGAAAAGCUUCUGCAAGGCGGUGGAGUCCAAGACGAUCCGCAAGUUUGUGAAGAGGUUCAUCCAGACCCAGAUGUUUGAUUUAUUUAUUCAAGAUAUAGAGCAGCAGCCGGCAGGCCAGGAAGGAUUUUUUCACAAAAAGAUUGCAGAAUAUAACGAGAAAAUGAAGAAGGAGAAGAAGAAACACUAGAAUGAACAAUCUUUGCAUUCAUCUCUUUGACUGACCCGCCCAGUGACUGAGAGCGACUCUCUGUGUGUGUGUGUGUGGAGAAAUCUAUACCAAGGACUCUCUCUGACUUCUAUUCGGUGAACCGGGAGAAGCUGUUGGAAAUGUUGCUGUUUGUCUGUGUGUUCGUGCUUUCAGAUAGGAACUGCUUGUAAAUCGCUGCCCAAGAGAGUAAAGAGUUUUACAUUUUC